AUGCCGAUUAAGCAUUCAGACGGUCGUGUGCUUGGCGUAUGCCAAAUGGUGAAUAAGUCCUCUUUCACCUGUCAUUCCACCACCUCAUCCUUGUCCCAGGCCGAGAUGGCUGCCACGGCCUGGGAGCGCAAAGAAAGCUGGUCCGGUGUCUUUUCUCGCAAUGAAGAGGCUCUCUUUGAAGCCUUCGCUUUGUUUGCUGGUCUUGGCAUUGCCAACACUCAGAUGUACGAACAGGUGCUUAGAGCUGAAGCCAAACAACGCAUCGCUUUCGACGUCCUCUCCUAUCACGCCACUGCGACAUCGACUGAGGCGGCUGCUCUCAGCAAAGAACUUAUCCCCUCCGCGAAAUACUACCGUCUUAAUCAAUUCAGCUUCACUGAUAUCUACUUGUCAGUGGAUGACACCCUGAAGGCGUGUAUUAGAAUGUUCUCCGACAUGCAAUUCAUCAAUCGUUUUCGUAUCGACUACAACGUCCUAUGCCGAUGGCUGAUGUCGGUGAAGAAGAACUACCGUUCCGUCACCUACCACAACUGGCGACAUGCCUUCAACGUAGCACAAACGAUGUUUGUCAUGUUUAAGUCUGGCGGAAUGGAAGCGGUAUUCAGUGAGCUUGAAUGCCUUUCCAUCAUCAUCGCCUGCCUCUCACACGACCUUGACCAUCGGGGUACCAACAACCAAUUCCAAAUUCGCACCAUGUCACCCUUGGUUAAUCUCUACUCCACCUCUGUUCUGGAGCAUCACCACUUUGAUCAGUGCAUCAUGCUUCUCGGCACAAAGGGAACGGAUAUACUAUGCAACCUGAACCACGAUGAUUACCGCCAAGCCGUGAAAAUUAUGGAAAAGGCGAUUUUGGCUACCGAUUUGUCUCGCUACUUCGUCAAACUACCGCAGUUUCGACAAAUCCUCGACGAACGCAUCUCCGCAGUGGGUGAAGAGAAGUCUAUGGAUGAUAUUGCGAUAAAAACAGUGUGGCAGACCGAGGCAUCCAACCGCGAGCUACUCAUGUGCAUGCUGAUGACUGCGAGUGAUGUCUCUGCUAGCACCAAACCCUGGCCUGUACAGAAGAAGCUGAUUUCUCGAGUGUGCGCUCGACUUCGACCGCUACUAGAGGGCUGUUUGGCAAAUCGGGACUGUUGGAAUAGCCUUGCGAAGGGGGAAACAGUGAAGGCUGAGUCCAUGCGUUUACCCAGCGAUGCAGAAGGCGCCGAUGCCAGUUAUCGCGACAGGUUGAUGGCCCUGCUUCACGCUCCGCCUUCUAAUACUGGUGUUUCUUUAGAAGGCGGUCUUACUGUCCCAGCGGCACCAAAUCCGAAUGCAGCUCAUGCAGCCGAUUUUUCUACCUCCUCAGUAAAGUCGACAAUUUGUGCUGAGGAAGCUAUUGCCACUACCUCCUCUACUACCGUAGGCGGUGGUACAGCACCUUGA